CGCCUGGGUUCCCUGGGCGCUGGCAGGGGGGGCAGGGAGCCAGGACGCCUGGGUUCCCAGGAGCUGGCAGGGCGUUCCCCCCACUCGCCCCGAGGGAAGCAGACUCAGAAAAGAGCCCUGGUGACUCAUCGCUUUGCCUGGGGCGGUUUCGAUUUCCCCAGGAGGGAGGCCCCGGCCCCGACAUGACAAGUGACCGGCCCUCAGCACGCCCUGGCGCCGCCCCAAGGAGCUCACACAGCGCCAGGCAGCUGCUAAGGAGACACCUACCAGCCGGGAGACGAGCUAUCUGCACACAACAGAGGGGAAACUGAGGCACACACCCAGGGAAAGGCUUAACUGUAGUCACUUGCCAUGCUGGCCCCCCAGGAUUUCCAAACCUUCGUCUUCUUCGACCUGGAGACCACCGGCCUGCCCCCGGACCGCCCCCGCAUCACCGAGCUGUGUCUCUUCGCCCUGCACCGCCGCUCCCUCCUGCAGCGCCCCCUGCAGGACGACGACACCGGCGCCCCCCAGCUGCCCCGCAUCCUGGACCAGCUGACCCUGUGCAUCGACCCCCAACAGCCCGUCACCCCGGCAGCCGCCCGCAUCACGGGGCUGAGCCGGCAGGGCCUGGAGGAGAACGGCAAGCAGGGCCUGGACCAGGCUGUGGCUCAGGCCCUGGGGGGGUUCCUAGCCCGCCAAGCCCCCCCGCUCUGCCUGGUGGCCCACAACGGCUUUAGCUACGACUUCCCCCUGCUGCGGACGGAGCUGGGGCGCGUGGGGGCCAAGCUGCCCCCCGCCACCGGCUGCCUGGACACCCUGCAGGCCAUGAAGGAGCUGGGCCUGGGGGGCGAGGGAGGGUACAGCUUGGGGGCGCUUUUCCAGGCGCUCUUCGGCAGGGACCCCGACAGGGCGCACUCGGCCGAGGGAGACGUCCGCACCCUCGUCGCCAUCUUCCUCGCCAGGGCGCCACAGCUGAUGGGCUGGGCAGCGGGGAAUGCCCGGGACUGGGGGGACGUGAGCCCCAUGUACCUCCCCACCACGCAGUGAGCGCCAAGAACCCAGGCAUCCUGGGCUCUGGGAGGGGAGUGGGGUCGGAGCCAGGAUGCAGCCCUGGCUCUCGGAAGGGAGUGGGGUCUGGUGGUUAGAGCAGGGAGGGCUGGGAACCAGGACACCUGGGUUCUCUCCCCAGCUUGGGGAGGGGAAUGGGGUCUG